CCUUAGAACAGGCGAUUUCUGCACCAAGCAACAGCAAUUGACCUUCGGAUUCAUCCACCACAGAUCGCACAAUCGCCCAUCACAUACCCCAGCCUUUCAUAAUUUCAUUUUCCACCAUCCUCUUUCUAUUGCGCGUCUCUUGUGCUUCAAUCUCUUGUCGCUUUCUUCCCUUGGAGGAAACCCUUGUCUGUUUGCCUGCGUGCUAGAUUAUCGACUAAGUGUCUGCAAUAUCUAUCACGCUCGGUUGACCGCGCCGCUGGUUCAAUCAUCUUGUUUCCCAUCCGCGACCAAACUCAUAGUCUCCUAUCCAGUUAUUUCACCCAGCGACGCGACUUGCCCUCGGUCUAAACCACGACGCUGAACCGCAUCAGGCUGCUCUCACAUUCAUAUCUCACCAUGGCGACCGAGACCGCUCCCGUUAAUGGCCUGUACGGGGCAAACCAGUACGGCCAGCCUGCUGAACUUGCCGCCUCUACCCCCUCUGCGCCGACUCAUGCUGCCUCCGCUUCUCAGAGUACUACUACCUCUGCCACUCAGCAGAAGGCCGAUCCUCAAGAGAUUGGCUGGUACUUUGUGGAACAAUAUUAUACAACUCUCUCUAAGAGCCCAGAAAAAAUCCACCUCUUCUACUCCAAGAAGUCACAACUGGUCACAGGUGUCGAGGCUGAGAAAGUUGUUCCUGCGGUUGGGACAAAGGCCAUCAGCGAGAAAAUUAAAGCCCUCGAUCUCCAAGACUGCAAAGUGCGCGUCCUCAAUGUCGACUCCCAGGCCUCGUUCAACAAUAUUGUUGUUCAGGUUAUCGGCGAAAUGUCCAAUAAAUCAGAACCGCAUCACAAGUUUGUCCAGACUUUCGUCCUCGCCGAACAACCCAAUGGCUAUUUCGUCCUCAACGACAUCUUCCGCUACCUCAGUGAUGAUGAGGAUGAGAUCGUUGAAGAUGAACAACCUCAGGCAGAAGUCCCUGCAGAAGAGCCGCCCACCCCUGCUGCAGGUGUGACUGAUGCUCCAUCUCAUACUGAAGAUGUCGUCGCUACCGAGGACGCUGUUGAGAAGGUCGACGAGAAACUAGAGGAAGAAAAGAUAGAAGAGACUCUGGCAGCAGAAGAACCAGCUGAGGUCAAUGGCGAUGCUAUUGCCGCUCCUGCUGAACAAGCGCCGGAGGUUACAGAGCUCUCAGGUACCACAGAGGAGGAGGUUGUCCAGGAAUCCACCGAUACUGCCGCAACUGAGCAGCCUGCCGAACCUGAAGCCGUUACUGCUGAGCCAGUCCCAGAAGCAGCUGCACCAGCCCCAACUCCAGCUGAAGUCCCCCCAGCGAAGAAGACUUGGGCCAGCAUGUUGGGAGGUGGUGUCCAAAAGCCAGCUGUUCCUGCCCUUCCUCUUACCCCUCCACCACAGCCGAAAGCUCCGCGGCUGUCACAACCUGCACAAGCUCCUAAGGCUCCCGUAGAACCUGUGCCAACAACUGCGAACACAACUUCCAGCACCCCGACCUCGCAAAGCAACGGCUGGCAGACUGCAGAUCACAGUAAGAAGAGCAACCGGCCUCCGAACAGAGCGGUCUCAGAAGGGAUAACGAUGGCGUACAUUAAGAACGUGAACGACAAGGUUGAUGCCAGAAUCCUUAGAGAGGUUCUCGAGAGGUACGGCGAGCUCAAAUAUUUCGACGUGUCACGACCUAGGAACUGUGCCUUCGUCGAAUUUGUUGACCCUGCCGGCUACGCUGCUGCCGUUGCUGCCAACCCCCACACCGUCGGUAGCGAACAGAUCUACGUCGAAGAACGUCGACCCCGUCCCAACGCCUACGGCGGUAGCAAUGCCAACUUCAAUCGUGGUGGCGGUACCGCAAACCGUGGCCGUGGUGGCAUGCAGGGUAGCCGAUCCGGCAGUCAGACCAACUUCCCUAAAGACGCCGGACGUGGUGGUGGAUUUCAACGAGGUGCAAAGGCUGGCACUGGUACCGUCACUCCCAAGGGACGUGGCCAAGGCCAGGCUGCGUGAAGUCGCCUCAGGUGCGGGAUGCUGAAACACAGCAUCAGUCUCUGAAAGAAUCUUUCGUCACUUGCUUCUUGCAUUCCCAUGGUUCAAGCGGAGCGAUAAAAAAGUGAUGGGGUUGUUUUUCGACGAUUUUCCUGGCACCGGCGUACUUGGAAAAAGUACUUUCCAUUACAUUACACAUAUUUUCACGAUCCAGCAGUGUUAUUCGCAUAGCCAGCUUCAGAAUUGUUCAGGACGAAACAGAAAGUGGGAUUCCCAUCACCUUUCACAACUCCAGCGAGCGAGGCAAGCAAAAACUUGGGAUCGAGUUUGCUAGGGUCAUGGUCCAGGGCAAGCGCGUCUUUUCGAGCGAGGUCAUGUAUUUGUCUGUGUACGAAAGGGAAACGCGUUAUCCGAGACCUCGGGUUCCCUAAAGAUAGGAUGGCGCUGGUGUGGGCAUGGAAUUGUACAGUAGUCCCUCAUUGUGAAUGAGACGUAUCCAACCUAAUGGUGAUUACCGGUAAAAAGUUGCAAAACUUCGUAACGGUCGGGAAUGGGGUCAAUGCUGAUGAACCACCAGGCAUUAUUAUGUCUUUCGCUGCUCGAAGUGGGAGGAACAGGCACAAUCAGCUGAG